GGGUAAUUACGAACCUGUGUGUGCACCUUACCGUCGCUGCUAUCGGAUUCGCGAGUUUAAGUUUGACAGAUAAAAUACACCACGUGUUUCUACGAAAUUCCUCCUAACGAUGGUUUAUUAUUUUAUGAGCGAAGUGGUACAACCACCGGUAACAUUAUUCAUGGGUGUUGAUAAAUAUGAAAAUGAAGAUCUCAUAAAGUGGGGUUGGCCAGAAGACGUUUGGUUCCACGUUGAUAAAUACUCCUCCGCACACGUAUAUCUCCGGCUUGCUUUCGGACAAACGAUAGACGAUAUACCUAGUACCGUGUUAGAGGAUGCUGCACAGUUAGUAAAAGCUAACAGCAUCGAGGGGAAUAAAGUAAACGACGUUGAUGUAGUAUACACGAUGUGGUCGAAUUUAAAAAAGACUCAGGGCAUGGACGUAGGACAGAUCGGUUUCCAUAAAGACAAAGAUCUACGAAAGAUACACGUCGCCAAGCGAAUAAACGCUGUUGUUAAUAGACUGAAUAAGACCAAACGCUUGGAGCAAGUAAAUUUCAGAGCAGAGAGGGAACAGCGCGAUAGGAAUGAAAGGGAGGACAAGAAGAAGCUUUUACGAGAGCAAAAGGAGAAAGAAAAAGCAGAAGAGAAGCGAAGGAAAGAAGAGGCAGAAAUGAGGAGUUAUAACUCGUUGUUUAAUUCAUCCAACAUGACGUCGAACGCGGAAAAUAGUGGAUAUGAUUCAGACGAUUUUAUGUGAUACGAUUAAUAUUAAUAUAAUUCGUGCCUACUCUCCUAUAGCUCGAAGUAACAGAUCUAUGAUAAGCAUGUACCGUUUCAAAGUUUAAUAAUCUUGCAGCUUCGAGAGAAAUGAAAAA